AUGGCUUGGUAUCUGCACAUAGGAUGCAUCCAAGUAGCCAUAAAACCGCUCUUUAAGACAGGAUUGGAUGUACCAAUCUAUGUUGCCUUAAGAGACAAAAGGCACCUGAACUUUUCUAGUUCUUUACUAGGAAUUGUUCAAUCAAACCUCGACAAUGGUCCAGUCUACUUCACUUGUAAGCCUGGAUUUACAAUUGCUCUUCAAGAUAAGAACAUUUACGACGUUUUAUGUCUGGAUGUUCGAGCAAAAGGAUUACGGUUGAAAAAUGGAACUUACCCGUUCUCAGUAAUGUAUAUCCUAUAUUACAAAAUGAUGUACACCAAUGCUUCUCCCAAAGCUUUAGGUGUAUCUCCAAAAAAUUACACCAUGCUAAUGAAAGUUAAUCUAGAACGAUCUUCCAUGAUGGUCCCCAAGCUCUUAGACUGGAGCGAGUUAACUCGCAAUCCGAUCUGGUCAAUCGAGCAUGCAACUAUCCCUAGAACUAGGCAAAGCAGUACGACUCAAAUAACCGAAUAUGAUGAUGGGCAUGUCGAAGUCCAAUUUCAAGAAGAAUCCCAUCAGCCUCCAAUAAGAGAAAUAUACAGUGGAUGGUCUAGUGUUUCAGAAUACCGACCAACCACUAGGUAA